GCUGUCGUGCGCUGGCUGCUGCUUUUCUGCUCCUGGAAGCGGCCGAGGGGGGAAGCGGCGAGUCAACAUGGAGCUCUCGGCGGUGGGGGAGCGGGUGUUCGCGGCCGAAGCCCUCCUCAAGCGGCGCAUCCGGAAAGGACGCAUGGAAUACCUGGUGAAGUGGAAGGGCUGGUCGCAGAAGUACAGCACAUGGGAGCCCGAGGAGAACAUCUUGGAUGCGCGCCUGCUGGCGGCCUUCGAGGAGAGGGAGCGUGAGAUGGAGCUCUAUGGCCCUAGAAAGCGAGGACCCAAACCCAAAACCUUCCUUCUCAAGGCCCAGGCCAAGGCCAAGGCCAAGACUUACGAGUUCAGAAGCGAUUCAGCCAGGGGUAUCCGGAUCCCCUACCCCGGCCGCUCACCCCAGGACCUGGCCUCCACCUCUCGGGCACGCGAAGGCCUUCGGAACAUGGGGCUGUGUCCUGCGGGCAGCAGCAGCAGCACCUGCCGGGCGGAGCCCCCUCGGGACCGCGAGCGGGAACGCGAGCGGGAGAGAGAGCGGGGCGCCAGCCGCAUGGACGACAAGGCCAGCUCUCCGGGGGACAGCUCCAAGAAGCGAGGGCCCAAGCCCCGGAAGGAGCUCCUGGACCCCUCCCAGAGGCCUUUGGGAGAAUCCAGCGACACCCUGGGAGACUACCUGGACGGCCAGAAGCUGGACGAUGGCCCCCCGGGGGCGGGGAACUUCCCUGCGGGCCACAGCGUGAUCCAGCUGGCCCGGAGGCAGGACUCCGACCUUGUGCCCUGCGGGGUGAGCAGCCCCAGCCUGGCCGAGGGCACAGGCAAGCUGGCCGUGGACAACUUCCCUGCCAGGGUCAUCAAGCACAGGGCUGCCUUUCUGGAGACCAAAGGCCCGGCUGCCCUGGACUCCAGCAACCCCAGGGUGCGGCAUAGCUCGGGCACCCCUGGCUCCGUCGGGGGUCUGUAUCGGGACAUGGGGGCGCAGGGAGGAAGGCCCUCCCUCAUUGCCAGGAUCCCCGUGGCCAGAAUCCUGGGAGACCCAGAGGAGGAGUCCUGGAGCCCCCCGCUGACCAACCUGGAGCAGGUGGUCGUCACCGAUGUGACCUCAAACUUUCUGACCGUCACCAUUAAGGAAAGUAACACAGACCAAGGCUUCUUUAAGGAGAAACGGUGAAGGCGCCAGGGAGGUUGACGCCAGGACGAGAGGGCAGGGAGGGAGUGCAGCCUGGGCCUAGAGCCCCCCUGGGAUGGCCCUUCUGGCCCUGCCCCCAGCCCCGCCCCCUCCCUCCUCCGCACCGGUUUUUGUUGAAAAGAUCUCUAGAGCUAUGUUUUCUAUUAGAUGUAAAUAUGUUAUUUAAGAAAAAAUAUCUAAAUAUAUAUAUUUCAACUCUU